CUCUCACCUACACCAACAUACUCCACUUCAGUCCAGUUGGUGGCGUAUGCAGCUCCAGUUGGUUUGCCAAAUAGAAGACGAAGAAGAAGACUACACCAAACACAACAUGGAUGCUUGUUUUGAAGAGAGAUUGUGCGAAGAGGUCCGCCGUUACCCACAUUUAUAUGAUAGGUCUGUUAAGGACUACAACGACAGACAAAUGACGUUAAACUCCUGGCGACAAAUCGCUCAAACGCUUGGGAAAAAUGAAACAACCUGCCGUCAAAAGUGGCAAAGUCUGCGAGACCGAUAUGUAAAGGCCAAGAAAAAGCUGAAAGACGGGAGCGGCAAAACCGGCCGGAGUCCCUACAUUAUCUCCAUGUUAGAUUGGCUCUCUGGCUACAUCAAGCAGCAUCGUCCCACGAAGGCGACGCGGUCACGGACCCUUAACUGUAGUAUGGCUGACACCGCGUGCUCGAAACCCGCACAAGUACGCAGCUGUCCGUGGAACGCGGAAAAUCCUCAUCUCCCUCUGUCAUCCGUGCGCCUCCUGGUUCCUCCACUGAGGUUGAUGUCAGCCUGUAUGUGGCAGGUGGCCCAGGAGCGGAAUGUAGACCAGUAUGACAAACUGGCCGAAUUCAUCAUGUUGGUGACAGAGAUGGUCCCAGAGCUUCUGAACUACAAACAGAAGACUCAGCUGAUCCUGGGACUGAGAGCUCGGCUCAUCCUUGAAUUAUUAAAGACGAUGGAUGAGGUUGACUGUAAAGCUAUCCAGGAUCAUCUUAACACUUUCCAACAGACGACAACAAACCUCAUGCAUGAAGAGGACCCAGAUGGAGAGGUGGAGACUUCAAAGUCAGCAUUUGUGGAGCUGGUUCAAACAUUGCUUGAAGACCAAUCUAAAAAAGAGAAUUUUUUCAAGGAGGUCUUCCCAGUACAGUAUGGAGCUUGUUUUGAUACAGCGCUGCAGAUUCAGGUGUGGGAGUUCUUCCAGCAACUGGAAGAGUUCCUCCCAGUUCCACGUUUUUCACAGGUGUGCUCCAUGUUUGACAUUUCUUCCCUUGACGAGGAGUUUGAGCAGUUUCUCUCUGACCCUGAGGAUCUGAAGAGGAUUUUGCAGCACCAACAGGAGCGGCAAAAGUUGACUAAAAGUGAAUUCACCUUCAUGUCAGACACCAUCCUCUCCACGCUCGCCUCUAAACAGACUUCAGCGGCAUCUGAAGAUCAGGAUCAAAUAAUGGAUCAGGGAGAGGGCAAACAAGGCACUGGGAAAUCACAGGGAAGAAAUCGAGAGAAGUCAGAACAGACAACAGUGAAGCAAGAAAACAGCUGGAGAGCAGAAGAUAUUUGUGAGGAUGAUGAAGAGACUGACAACAGUUCCAUUGAACCAAACUGUGGGCUGCCUGAGUACGGGCUGUCACCGCUCACUUCCUCUCCACGUUCAGAAGAAGCUGCAGAGCCAGAAACAGCUGUUGAAGCCACCUUUCAGCCAUCAGAAGAGAGCAGGAUCCAGUCCUUGACAGGAGGCAGAGCCGAUGUCUCUCUUCCAUUCAGCGAGGACUCCGUAAGAGCCAAUGAAAACAUCUGCCUGGAGUGUGGAAAAACCUUUGCGUCUCAUUCCACCUUGAAACAACAUCUCCUUGUUCACACUUCUGCACGGCCAUUCAAGUGCACUCAGUGCGACAAGACCUAUAAAAACCGUAAAGACCUGAACUUUCAUUUUCGUAUUCACUCUAACCCUAAAGCCUAUCCCUGUAGCCUUUGUGAGAAGAAAUAUGAUUAUAAGUCUAAGCUUAAAGCUCAUCUGCGUCGUCACAGCGGAGAGAGGCCAUUUGGCUGCUCGUACUGCGACAAGAGGUUCUGGAGAAAUGCAGAGUUGAAGUCCCAUGUGCGCAUUCACACCGGUGAGCGGCCGUAUGCCUGUACUUUUUGUGAAAAGAGAUUCAACCAGCCAUAUAUGCUCACAGUGCACAUCAGGAUUCAUAAGAAAGAGAAGCCAUACCUGUGCAGCACAUGUGGUAAGUCCUUUUGUAGCUCUGGGGCCUUGCGGGUGCACACACGCGUGCACACAAGGGAGCGGCCUUAUCAAUGUGACAUCUGUGGAAAAGGUUUUGCCACAACUAUGCUAUUGACAGAACAUCAGCGAUACCACACAGGAGAGAGGCCGUAUUCUUGCUCAAAAUGUGACAAAUCGUUCCACCUUAAUGAAGGACUGAAAAGACACAUGAGGACACACACGGGAUAUAAACCUUACCAGUGUUUAACAUGUCACAAGACUUUUUCUCAAAAAUACAACAUGAGGGUACACCUCAAAGUCCACAAGAUCAUCUAGGAUACUGUUGCGACAUUUGGAGAAUAUAUAUUUAGUGAUAAAGAAAAGCCUGGUUUAUUUCUACGCCAGGGCACACUGUUUUGGUGCAUUUCCAUGACAGUAAAACACCAACACGUAUGUAAAUAUGGACCUGAACACUCAAAUGUUACGUGUGGAAUAAUCUGUACCUUGUGUUUUAGGAGACCAUUAGAUAAUUAGCUCAGUUAUUGUAGGUUAAAGACUUCUGAAUAAAAUGUGCUGACAAUAUAUACCAAAAUGGAGUGCUCACACUUGUGAGAUAGUAUGAGACGUAUGUGGCUUAGAAAUGGUGAUCUUUUGUAACAUAAGAAUGUGAAUGAAUGUGUCUUUGGCCGGUAAAUAUAUUUUCUUUACCCAACCCACAAACAUCUUUGAUAAGAUUUCUGUGCAUUAUUUAAGAAUUGCAACCAAGAAAUGUAAUGGGCAUGCUAUUUCACAGCUGACAAAUAACACUACUCCUGUGGAAAAACUGUAUAAUGGGGACAUUGUAUUCCUGAUACAGAUAUCUUCAAUUUUCAUUUCUUUGUAGAUUUCUUUAUAAAUGUCUGCAUGUGUGUUUUAAGCUGUGCAAAGAGAUAACAAUAACCCCUAACAAUAAAUGAAAUCUCAACAGAAAGUGUGUGCAAUAAUAAAUGUAAAUCAAAUAUGAAAUAAGGAAAUUCACUUAGGACUGCA